UAGGGGGCGGGGCCGGCGGAGGCCAGGAGACCGAAAACGCGGCCGAGCCCGGAGACUGGAGCCGGAGCCAGAGCCUGGACCAGAACUUGGCCGCCGCCUGCAGUUGCCGUCGCCGCUGUCGCCCGCCGCCCCUAUUCCCCGUGCCACUGCCGCCUCGGCCGCCGCGAGCUCGGUUGCCAGUGGUCCGCGGACUUUGGGCGUCCGGGUUGAAGGUCGGUCCGGACGUCGGACCCAGCUCGGUUCCCGGACUGUCCGGGCGGCAGCGGACGCCGCCGCCGCCGACUGCCUCUUGGUCGCCUCGGCCAGGCGUUUUGUUCCCGGAGAACCGGGAGGCGAGCGGAGCUGACAGUGAUUUUGACAGUGAUUUAAACCGCUUUUGUUGUUGUUGGCUUUUCGUUGUUUGGUUUUGUGUGUGGUGCGUGUGUGUGGCGGUUUUUCAUCCGUGGUACAUUUUUUUUUUUAUUGUUGUGCUUCCCCCCCCCCCUUCUUUUUCAAACCCGCGGACGUUUUUGUGUUUUUUUUUUUUUUUUUUUUUUUUUUUUUGCUCGGGGCUUCCGAAUAUGUUUUAUGACGGUUGAUUUUACACCAGGAGGUUUGUUUCCAAGGAAGACCCAGGGAACUGGAUAUCUAGCGAGAACUUCCUCCGGCUUCCACGGCGCCUCGGGAAAAUGGGAGCUGCUGCAAAGUUGGCGUUUGCCGUCUUUCUUAUCUCUUGUUCUUCAGGUGCUAUACUUGGUAGAUCGGAAACUCAAGAGUGUCUUUUCUUUAAUGCUAAUUGGGAAAGAGACAGAACCAAUCAAACUGGUGUUGAACCUUGUUAUGGUGACAAAGAUAAACGGCGACAUUGUUUUGCUACCUGGAAGAACAUUUCUGGUUCCAUUGAAAUAGUGAAACAAGGCUGUUGGCUAGAUGAUAUCAACUGUUAUGACAGGACUGAUUGUAUAGAGAAAAAAGACAGCCCUGAAGUAUAUUUUUGUUGCUGUGAAGGCAAUAUGUGUAAUGAAAAGUUUUCUUAUUUUCCGGAAAUGGAGAUAACACAGCCCACCUCAAAUCCCGUUACACCUAAGCCGCCCUAUUACAACAUCCUGCUCUAUUCUCUGGUGCCACUUAUGUUAAUUGCGGGAAUUGUCAUUUGUGCAUUUUGGGUGUAUAGGCAUCACAAGAUGGCCUACCCUCCUGUGCUUGUUCCAACUCAAGACCCAGGACCAUCUCCACCUUCUCCAUUAUUAGGUUUGAAGCCACUGCAGUUAUUAGAAGUGAAAGCAAGGGGAAGGUUUGGUUGUGUCUGGAAAGCACAGUUACUCAAUGAAUACGUGGCUGUCAAAAUAUUUCCAAUACAGGACAAACAGUCAUGGCAAAAUGAAUAUGAAGUCUACAGUUUGCCUGGAAUGAAGCAUGAGAACAUAUUACAGUUCAUUGGUGCAGAAAAACGAGGUACCGGUGUUGAUGUGGACCUUUGGCUAAUCACAGCAUUUCAUGAGAAGGGUUCACUGUCAGACUUUCUUAAGGCUAAUGUGGUCUCUUGGAAUGAAUUGUGUCAUAUUGCAGAAACCAUGGCUAGAGGAUUGGCAUAUUUACACGAGGAUAUUCCUGGCCUAAAAGAUGGUCACAAACCUGCAAUCUCUCACAGGGACAUCAAAAGUAAAAAUGUGCUGUUGAAAAACAAUCUGACAGCUUGCAUUGCUGACUUUGGGUUGGCAUUAAAGUUUGAGGCUGGCAAAUCUGCAGGUGAUACACACGGACAGGUUGGUACCCGGAGAUAUAUGGCCCCAGAGGUAUUAGAGGGUGCCAUAAACUUCCAAAGGGAUGCAUUUUUGAGGAUAGAUAUGUACGCCAUGGGAUUAGUCCUAUGGGAACUGGCUUCUCGAUGUACUGCUGCAGAUGGACCUGUAGAUGAGUACAUGUUGCCAUUUGAGGAAGAAAUUGGCCAGCAUCCAUCACUUGAAGACAUGCAGGAAGUUGUUGUGCAUAAAAAAAAGAGGCCAGUUUUAAGAGAUUAUUGGCAGAAACAUGCUGGAAUGGCAAUGCUUUGUGAAACAAUAGAAGAGUGUUGGGAUCAUGAUGCAGAAGCCAGGUUAUCAGCUGGAUGUGUAGGUGAAAGAAUUACCCAGAUGCAAAGACUAACAAAUAUCAUUACCACAGAGGACAUUGUAACAGUGGUCACGAUGGUGACAAAUGUUGACUUUCCUCCCAAAGAAUCUAGUCUAUGAUGGUUGCACCAUCCAUACACACUGAAAAGUGGGACUGUGAACUGGAGCUGCUAAGCUAACAAAACUGCUUAGUUUAUUUUCUGUGUGAACCAAGUAGGAUGCCUCCUGGAAACUUAAGCCAAGCAGCCCUUUGUUGAACAAGGCUCUGGGAGACUCACUGCAUUGCUUGCAGCACAGAUGUGAAGGACAUGAGACUAAAAGUUGCAAACUCUAUAAAGAAACUUUUGAAAAAAUGUACAUGAAGAAUGUGCCCUCUCCAAAUCAAGGAUCUUUUGGACCUGGCUAAUCAAGUGUUUGAAAACUGACAUCAGAUUUCUUAAUGUCUGUCAGAAGAAGACACUAAUUCCUUAAAUGAACUACUGCUAUUUUUUUUUAAAUCAAAAACUUUUCAUUUCAGAUUUUAAAAAAGGGUAACUUGUUUUUAUUGCAUUUGCUGUUGUUGUUUCUAUAAAUGACUAUUGUAAUGCCAAUAUGACACAGCUUGUGAAUGUUUAGUGUGCUGCUGUUCUGUGUACAUAAAGUCAUCAAAGUGGGGUACAUAAAGAGGCUUCCAAGCAUUACUUUUAACCUCCCUCUCAACAAGGUAUACCUCAGUUCCACGGUUGCUAAAUUAUAAAAUUGAAAACACUAACAAAAUUUGAAUAAAUUUAUCCAUGUUUUAUAACAAGCUAUUACAAAUUCACUGUGUUAUUUAAGAAAAAAUAGGUUAAACUAUGCUUUGUGCCAAUAAUAAGUGGCCAUUUGUAAAGCAGUGUUUUAGCUUUUCUUGUGCUGGCUGUAGGGGAAAAAAGUGCUGUUUUUUGAAAUGGAAAAAAAGGUGAAAUUUCCUCCUUCUUCCCAUAUGUUAAAGCUUCAUCUUAUAUUCAGGUCCCAAAAUAUUGCAUACUUAUAUAACUAUUUUUUUUAAGGUGUGCUGUGUUUGGGGAAAAUUUAAAGCAUGUUUAAAAUUUUUUAAGUGAGCUGUGACACUGGAAAGCUCUUCAUUUUACCUUUUAAGAUACUUCUUUUCCUAUUUAUAUAUGUGAAAUUGUAAUGUUUUUAUUUUCAUUAAACAGUGUGUGGGACAUUAUCACUGUUUUAGGAACACCUCAGGAAGUGUCAUUACCCAGAAUCCCUCACUCUGCUUUGAGAUUUGUAACUUUAUCACUAUACUUCUGCUUGGUGCCAUCUUGUCAGAGUAAUAUUUGAUGUCUGUGAUAUGUAAAGAAUUAUGAUAAAGGUAUGAACCUUUAAGCACAGAUUUCAGAUGUUACUGCUUUAAAAUAAAUCAGGGAUAACAAGUUGAAAUUACGACUUAAAAUAUGCAAUGACAUUUAGAGGUAAUCGAAGUAGGUAACAUAGCCUAGCAUCCUCCCCUAAAUUGCUUUCACAACUAAUUCUGACAUUAUGUUAGGAUUUCAUGCCUUAUCCUUGCUAAGAAAUGGAAUUGAUGGUAGGCUGGUGCCAAAACCAUUAUGAUUGGGUUCUUCCUCAAAUUUACACAGGUCAUAGAAAAAGAUAUUUAUUUCCUUAAUAUCAAGAAUAAUCAACAGUCAGUAUUAUGCUGUGUACUUUUUUGUCAUGCUAUUAUAAAAUCCAGACAUUAAUUUUCAUAGAUUUUUUACAUUACUUUUAUGAGCUCACUGUUAAAUACCAGUACAAUACAUUUCACAUAUAACAUGCACUUAAAUCUCUGGGAAGAAGAGUGACAUUAUUUAUAAACAACAUAUAAGUCAGCAGACUCUAAGCAGGGAGGGAAAGAGGAAUAUCAUUUUUAUCUGUGUGCCACACACUUCAAAAUGGUUUGUGUUCUUUAUGUGUGUACCCAAGGUCUCACUGUAUUAAGAUUUUCCAUGACAAUGUUUACUACUUUCAGUUCAGAAAGCACUUGGCUUCUCAGUUUCUUGUUAAGGGUUCGCUUCCAUUUAGAAAAAUGAAUCAAGGGGAAAAAAUAUGUGCACCUAAGAAAAUUAGUAACAGUCUAAAGACAAGUUUCUAUCCAUUGUGAACCCUCUUUUUAAAAGUUAAAGACAAAAAUAAGAACUAUCAUAAUGAAUGUUUGGUUUAGGAGAGAACUUCCGAUAAACUUUAUUAAAUCAAUUAUUUACAAUAUACAAUGUUUUGUCUUAGUGUUAGAGGAAAAGUUUUUAGAAAUCUUGGGUAUUGUACUUAAUUCUAAUUUUUAAAAUGUAUCUUUUUUGAGAACUGCUUUAGUAGAGAAACUUUUAUAAGCAGUAAAAUAAGAAUGUUCCAGUGACUACCUGUCCUUAGUCUUGUUAAAACUUUCUUUUGCAGGGCAUUUUAGUGUUUGGUUUACAGUCAGUGCAGUGGGCAAGAUAACAAAAAAUUCAUGCUAAGGAUACUGGAAAGAAGAAAAAGAGAAAAAAAAAUGGUUCUUUCUUUUGGGGCAAUAUCAAACUCUCCAAUAACUUUUCCUCAUGUGUAUGGUGCUUCUCAUGACUUGUCUUAUACUUUGCCUUUCUGAUACUGCUGCUCUAACUCAGUCUUUACUUUGCCCAAUUUCCCUUGUAAGAAACGUUUUAUUAUCAGCUGCCAUAGGAUUGAUGGUUAACCAGUGUUUGACUUUAUUUGAAGUCUAUGCCCUGAACAGAUCUUGUAUGUAUUAUAUGCAGGAAGUUUUUAGCAUGUGAUGUGUGACCCUUGUUUGAAUGUUUAUUACAGGUACCUUGUGAAUUCCAGAACAGAGACUGUGCCUCACAAUGAUUUGUCCCAUGAAUUUCCACUCUUUCAUGGUGAUGUUUUGAAAAUAUAAUCAGGAAAAAAACCCCAACACCUUCGGAACUUAAAGAUGGAAUCAUAUGCCAUGAAAAAAAAAAUUCUGCUCACUCUUAAGUAACAUCCCCAUUAAGUAAAAUGCAGGUGGUUGGGGAAGAACCACAGGCCAAAUGGUAAUUUAGUGGAAAAAGUGAUUUUUUUUAAAGCUUUUAUCACAGGUGUUUUCUAGUUCUAUUUUUUACUUUAAAAAUUACGUUUUGGGAUCAUUUGGUAUAAUGUGCAUAAAAUCAUUUAAAAUCUAUGGGCAAAAUGAUACAAGUAGCAUCUUGAUUGACCAUUAUUUACCUCAGAUAUUCAACCAGCAGUAUGUUUUUUAUGCAGUCUCAACCCAUAUCCUAUUUGUUACCUCUCAAAAUAUAGGUAAGCAAUUAUUUUAGCUUUACUCUGUAUUUGUCAGUGUUUGGGCACAGAUUGUUGUACUACUGUCAAAUUGUACUUGCUAUUUUUUUUUCUGCAAGUAUUUAACAGAAAGCUUA